AUGGCAUCGUGGGCGCGCCCCAUACGGGACGGCGAAUACACCAGCGUCAUCUAUGGCCUCAUCCGCGAAGGCCGACUCAUCGAAGCUGCCUCAGCGUUGGCGGACUGCAGUCGCCGACAGGGGGCGUUGGGAAGCCGUGCUGCGCUGUCGCUGCUUGCAUUUUGUCACUACCAAGCACAGGAGUUCGAGCAGGCGGCCUCAUGUUACGAGCAGCUGUGUACCCUUUGCCCAGAAGAGCCACGUUACGCGUUGAGCCGUGCACAAGCGCUAUACCAAAGCGGACAAGCAUACGAUGAGGCCCUCCAGGUAGCAGCUGCUUUGGCAGAGGACAAGCCUGAGAUGGCACCGGCUGCGAGACAGCUUCAGGCCGCUAUCCGCUACGCACAGCACAAGAUCACACCCAAGGUCCUGCGCGAUGCUUCGCGCCAUGCUUCACCCAAGCUUUCGCGCGAUGUGCGUGGCAACCAGAAGUCUGCAGGAGUCCUGCGUGAGCAGUUGGAGAGCAGGACUUUGCAGGAUGACCUAGCUGGGGCGCGUGCGCUGCUCUUGCAAGGCGGCCCGUCUGAGGAUGACAAUGCAGACACACAGGUGAAUCUCGGCUGUCUCGCUUACAAGGAGGGAAGACCUGACGAGGCCUUGAGACUAUUCAACAAGGCCCUCCAGUCGCAAGCGGACGCUCCUCCUCAGCUGUGGUACGCUGUGGCGCUGUGCCAUUACGCCCGACGGGACUACGCGCCUGCUUUGCAGCAGCUGGCGCACAUAAUUGAGAGGGGCAUUCGAGACCGUCCAGAGCUGAGCGUCGGCAUGGCCACCGAAGGACUAGAGGUGCACAGCGUGGGCAACACACCAGCGCUGCAUUUAUCGGCGUUGGUUGAAGCGUUCAACCUGAAGGCAGCCAUCGAGCUGCGACUGGCCAAUCCGGCAGCGGCGCGCGAGGCACUCACGGACAUGCCUCCGCGCGCCGAACACGAACUGGACGCAGUGACGCUGCACAACCAGGCGCUGCUGGAGGCUGACCAGCAACCAGCCGCCGCACUCGCAAAGCUUCAAUUUUUGCUCCAGGAACCACCUGAGGCCUUUGGUAACCUGCUUCUCUUGUGCUGCCGCCUGGAACAACAUCCCCUCGCCGCCGACCUGCUGGCCGAGCACGCGGCUCUCACGUACAGACUGCUGCCACCAUUCCUGUACGAGUUUCUGGAGGCCCUGCUUGCCCAGCAGACGGCACCGGAAGAAGCGUACGCCAAGCUUGAAGCCUUGGCUGCCAGGCAGGCUGACCGGCUACGACAGAUGCGACAACAGGGCGCACCACAGGCACAGUGCGAGGCCGUGCUGCGGGAGAGGUUCCUGCCAGCCCUUAUGGCUCAGGCACGCAUACCGUGGGAGGCCCACGACUACCCUCUUGUUGAGCGUCUCUUCCGGCGCUCGGUGGAGCUCUGUAGCGAGGAGGACUGCUGGCGACUGAACGUCGGCCACGUUCUCUUCGUCCAGGAAGGCAAAUUCCACGAGGCCGUGGCGUUCUACGAGCCCUUGGUGGAGCGCCAACAGGACCGCGACCUCCUGCGACUCCGCCCUGCCCUGCUCGCAAACCUUUGCGUGGCGUACAUUAUGACCGGUCAAAACGAGCAAGCGGAGCAGCUCAUGCGAAGGGUCGAGCAACGGGAGGAGCAACUCGCCUACGACCAGCCAGGCGAGAAGAUAUUUCAUCUAUGCAUCGUGAACCUCGUCAUUGGCACGCUUUACUGCGCCAAGGGCAACUACGACUUCGGCAUAUCGCGAGUCAUCAAGAGCUUCGAGCCACAUGCCAGCAAGCUGGGUGCCGACACGUGGUACUAUGCGAAGCGCUGCCUUUUGGCUCUGUUCGAGAGCCUAGCUAAACAGGUGGUUCUCGUCAGGGACGCUGUUCUCUAUGACCUACUAAAGUUCCUCGAACAAUGCGAGCAGCAUGGUCGCACGUUGCCGUCGGCCACGGAUAUUAGGCCUACACCUGCUGGGCUUGGCAGCCGCAGUGUGGCCUACGAAGCUCGGCGGUUGAGAGCACUCACACUUAGGCUCAUGGCAGCUGAGCCGAACGCUUUCAGAAAUCGAUAGAUUAAAAGGUGUAUAAUUUCAUUUGUGGGCACCACACCAGCUACGAUUUACUUUAGAGUGGAUCGCAGUUUCUCAGGUCCGGCCAGGAUGAGCUAGAAAUCAUGUGUGCUAUGUAUAUAAAAGCUGCCGCAUAAAAAGCUGAAAUAAAUGCAAAAGGGGGUCUCGAUUUCCUAUUUUUCGUCAAAA